AUGCAAGGCACACUACCUGUGCCCAGAGAUAGCCACAGCUGCACCACUGUAGGAGAUAAGUUGUUUAUAUUUGGUGGCACACAUGGGAACAUUCCUCUUAAGGAUUUGCACAUUUUGGACACCUCUACAAACACAUGGAUGACACCAUAUGUAAAAGGGGAAGGCCCAGAAGCACGAGAAGGCCACAGUGCUGCACUAAUUGAUACACUUACUUGGACAAAAUUGGUGACCAAUGGUGAGCUUUUGCCACCUAGAGAUGGGCAUACAACCAUUGCAUUAGGCAAGAAUUUGUUUGUGUUUGUAGGUUUUACUGAUGUUGAAGACCUGUAUAAUGACUUAUACAUGUUUGAUCUUGAAACUAUUACAUGGACUAAAGUUAUGACAAUAGGAGAAGGGCCUUCUGUAAGAUUUUCAAUGGUUGGAAGCACUUUACAUCCACAACAUGGAGGUGUUUUUAUAUUCAUAGGUGGAUGCAAUAAGAAACUUAAAGCACUUGAUGACAUGUUCUACCUAUUCACAGGGAUUGUAACUGAAAACGAAAGAGAUGAAAGAAAACUAGAGAAGUUAUCUUUGAGAAAACAGUUAUUGAAAAGUCAAGAACAACAAGUUUUGACUUUGACUCCAAAAUGUGAUACUGAUACCCCAACGGCAAUGCCAAAUAGACAAAAUGUGUAUUUGAAUGAGUAUCAUAAUUCACAAGGGAAGAGAACAUUUCAAGCAAAAGUAACAAAAAACAUUACAAAUUGUUAUACAAUUGAGACAAUUAUAGAUGGGAAGCCUCUGCGUGGAGUUUUAUUCUCAAACAACGUUAAGAAAAAUGUUGUUGAUGAUUUAAGAAGGAAAAGAGUUGUAGUUGAGAGUGUAAAAAAGGGAUUUGAGCAUGAUACCACAAAAAGUACUGAACCUGAACAUCAUACACCAGGUACAACUUCUGCUUCUUCUGAUAUGAAGACACCAGCAGCUUCUAAUGCUUCUCCACCUCAUGAGGUUAUUUUUGUAAUUCUAAUAAUCAUUUCUUUAUUUUGUUUCAGGAAAGGGAUAAAAUCGUCUUUAGAAGUUAACAAAUUGAAUCCAUCAACAGCAGUUGAAGACAUUGCCAAUUCAAUUUCAAAUCCAAACCUUGGUCAUUAUGGUGAAUCUCAGCCCUUGACGGGUGAAGAACAUGGUCAAAUUCAUUAG